CGCCUUCCUCGCGCUCUGCGGCCGCUCCUAAGGCCCGCUGCCUCAGCGCCGGCCACCAUGGCCUUCGCCGCCCCGGAGAGCGCGGGCGUGGGGCGCGGACUGUCGACGCGGCACCUGGCGCUACGCGGGCUGCUGCUGCUCUGCUUGUGGCUGCCGAGCGUCCGCGCGUCCGGCCCGCCGUCCGCGCCGCUGUCCGAGCUGCACGCGCAGCUCUCGGGAGUGGAGCAGCUGCUAGAGGAGUUCCGCCGGCAGCUGCAGCAGGAGCGGCCACAGGAGGAGCUGGAGCUGGAGCUGCGCGCGGGCGGCGGGCCCCCAGAGGAGGGCUGCCCGGGCCCGGGCGGCGGCGGCUACAGCGCCAUGCCGGACGCCAUCAUCCGCACCAAGGACUCCCUGGCCGCGGGCGCCAGCUUCCUGAGCGCGCCGGCGGCUGUACGUGACUGGCGGCAGUGCGUGGCGGCCUGCUGCUCCGAGCCGCGCUGCUCGGUGGCGGUGGUGGAGUUGCCCCGGCGGCCCGCGGCCCCCGCCGCCGCCGCGCUCGGCUGCUACCUCUUCAACUGCACCGCCCGCGGCCGCAGCGUGUGCAAGUUCGCGCUGCACCGCGGCUACAGCAGCUACAGCCUCAGCCGCGCCCUGGACGGCCGGCGGGAAGACCUGGAAGCCUCGCCGCGCACGGAAAAGGAUAAGCCCCCACUUAGCAAGGCCGGGCGGGAUGUGAUCUUGCAACUACCUACAGACGGAGUAGUUUUGGACGGCCGUGAGAGCACAGAUGACCAUGCCAUCGUCCAGUAUGAAUGGACACUGCUGCAGGGUGACCCAUCAGUGGACAUGAAGGUGCCUCAGUCAGGAACCCUCAAGCUGUCCCACUUACAAGAGGGAACAUACACCUUUCAGCUCACGGUGAUGGACACCGCCGGGCAGAGAAGCUCCGACAACGUCUCAGUGACAGUGCUCCCGGUGGCCUUCUCCACGGGAGGAUGCCUGAAGGUUUGCUCACGCUACCACUUCUUUUGUGACGAUGGCUGUUGCAUUGACAUCACGCUGGCUUGUGAUGGAGUGGAGCAGUGUCCUGAUGGGUCUGAUGAGGCUUUCUGCCAAAAUUUGAGCCUUGACCGGAAGACGGUGACCCACACAGCAACUGCCCAGCCUAGAGCCACAGGACCAAGCAAAGAUGCAGCAGCAAGCUCCUUCUUGGAAAAGUCCCUGAAAGUCCCUGUCCAAAACCAGCCACCAGCGUUAUCAAACACGGAGAAGAGGAAUCAUUCCAUGUUUGGGGGACCAGAGAGUCAAACCAGUCCUGUGAUACCAGAUCGUGGUUCCUCAGGGAAGAACAGAAAAGAGGAAAAUUACAUUUUUGAGUCCAAGAGCCAUCGAGGAGGACGAGGAGGGGAACACCCGGCCCCAGAAACAGGCGCGGUGCUGCCACUGGCCCUGGGCUUGGCCAUCACGGCUCUGCUGCUCCUCAUGGUUGCUUGCCGGCUGCGCCUGGUGAAACAGAGACUGAAGAAAGCUCGGCCCAUCACGUCUGAGGAGUCCGACUACCUCAUCAACGGGAUGUAUCUGUGACAAAUGUCACCCGAGGGGCAGGGGGCGAGGCUGUUUUCCUCAUCAUUGAUCUGUAGAUUGGUUCUGCGUCUUUAUAACCUCUUUGAUCUGAACUGGGCUGAGAAAAAUACCGAAACCCCAGAAAAUUCUGCAAACCCCAAACCUGUUUUUAUUUAUUGUAGAAAGAGUUUCUUUGAGGAGUAAGUGAGAUGUUUGGGAAUUUAGAGAGGAAUCCAUAUGAGUAAAGACUCACGAAUCUAAUUCUGAUUUAGGCACGCUGUCCCUGAAAAUAGCAAUUUGCCCUGAGCCAAGGCAGAAAAUUCAGGCUCUUCAGGGGCUGCCUUCGAAUGACAAUGCUAACCCUUUACUGUUCAGAAGCCGACCAGUGGCCCCCAGCAGCCCUGGACCACUUCACGCACAACUUUCUCUUGUUCGGAGGCCUUCCUGUUCCAGUGCCCUCCUUUCUUUUCUCCCCUUCAAAACCUACUUCUGAGAAAGUAUCAAAGUGAAUUUAGACCUCAGGCAGGAAUGUCAAAAUCGUAACCCUCGUGAACACGUCGAGGAGGCGUCAGGCCAGGUGGGGUGAGUUUAUCCCAGGGCCUCUGACCUUAGGUCCCUUGGGUGGCUGUCGUCCCCUCAGGCUUGCCUUUGGGAGAAGACGCCCUGACUCUGGAUUACAACUAGCUGUGACAUGGUCCUGGAGGGAGAUAGGAAACCAUGGUGGCAGCAGGGGUGGAAGGUCAAACGUUUAACACAAACGUAGCCGAGGGCACAAUGCCAAGAGGACCUAAAUUAAGACUUUCUCGAAUUUACUCGACACGGCCCGAUAGUCCAGAACACAGCCGCUUUAUUUAUACAGUCACUGGUUUUCAACAGGAAUCUGUGUUGAUGGAAGAGAAAAAUGCAUUCAAAUUGAAAAGCAGAACACUGAGUGGAUUUCUAGGUGCGGUUUUGUAAAAAUGUCCCAUGUAGAAGUAUCAGCAGGUUCUUGCAUCUGGUGGAAUAGGCCAGUUUUCUCCAUCAUUUGUUUAGCACUGUAAGAUGUUAGGCCAGGCAAUCUGUUCAUGGCAGGCUCAUGUUUUCCCAGAGCAGAAAGCAGCCUUGCACAAAUUCUUCUUUACAGAAAACUGGCAUCUAGCUUAGCAUCUUCUCCCUUUAGUCUGUAGGAUUUUAAAGGCGAAUUAUUCCCAUCAUCACUUCAUGACGGGAUUAUACGCCUCCUAGAAAUCCUCCUCCUGAGAGGACUCUGUCGUGUGGUGCCUGUCUACACUCCCAUAUUACUAUUUAUAUAACAUGGCUUAUCAGAAGGGGCAAAUCUUCUAAAAUACUUGAAUCAAAACUGUAGAACACUUUAUUUUCAGACUGAACCUGAGGUAAGUUGUCCCUUUUGCAAAGGGCUUAAUAUGGGUCAGAAAUAUAAGAGAGUACAUUAAUAAAUGGAAAAUUAGUUCUAGAAAAAACAAAGAAAUUGGUUACUUUCAUUUCCCAAGAGGUCCAUGCAUUUUGUUGAAUGUUUAGAAUUGAGCAAAGAUUUAAUGUUCUCCUCAGGGGCAGACUGGAGAAAUGACCGUGUGAAUGACCUUAGGAUAUCUGUACUCUCUGUGACGCUUUGCAGUUUGCUUUUCUAGAGAAAGGGUGUCACCUAUAGCCAUACCCAAUAAAAUAAAAACUGAUAAGGCAUUCAUCUUUCGGCACAUCUUUUUAUACAUGAAGAAAUUAAACACGGUUUAGCAUUGCUAUGGUGUUGAAAUACUUGAGAAAAGAUGUCCACCUCCAUGUGUACAAUAUCCCUUUAAUAAAUUGUAUUUUAUUCUUACGCCUUUCUAAAUAACCUUUUAAUCUAAUCAUCAUCGUAAGUUGCUUUUACUGAGCUGUUACUAUAUUACCUGGAUUUAAUCAUAUCAACCUUAUCUUGCAAAGGGGGAAAUUAAGAAUUAAAGAAGAAGAAUCAAGGUCUACAAAAUAGUUAUAUUGUCAGAUGAACUGAAUGGGACUUCUAAAAGUCACCUUCCCUGUAUCUGAUUGGAGGAGUUUUGCAUCUAAGAUAAUUUAAAAAUAAUUUCAAAGAGAAGAUUGUCCACUACUUAUUGCUCAAACAUGUUCUUGUGUCUCAUGUUUCUUUUCCUGAGAGAGAAAAGGCCCACGUAAGCCAUCUUUCAGAAAAUGUACAGCUGGGCCCCUGGAUGGCUCCGUUGGUUAA